AUGACCGAGCAGUUCGCUGUUGUCUUCUACCCCCGCACAAAACAAUCAGACGUGGUCUCUUGCGACGACAUCGUAGGAGAAUUAGGAGUGGGAGUCACCACAAAGGUACUCAGUAAAGGAAGGACCUAUCCAGCAAAGAUUCUGUGCGUCGGUGAGAAAGAGCAUUGUGAGCGAAAACUGCAAUAUGUGACGACCGAAGGCGUCUUGACAAACCCAAGUUUUAGGACUGCGGAGGGCUCACUCGGAAGCGAGCUGACCAGAGAAGCAAGAUCGGAAAAGGAUCUGCUGAAUAAGCUGAGCAGCUUAUUGGAGGAUGUCAUAACUCGCCUCACACGCCUCGAAAGUGAAAUGGCGACGAAGGCGCUCCAGAUCGAGGCUGCUCAGUGGCAGCAACGAUACUGGAGCGCAGUGGGGGAGUUGAGAGACACCUCCAAUGAGCUGCUCAGGAGGGUGCCUAGAAGAGGACCAGCCGAAGAAGCUUUCCUCUUCGAUUUCGCCCCGCAGUCCUUCUUGGAGGGAUUACGUAAACUGCACCCGGGCAACAUCAACAAGUUCGCACUGGACCUUGAGAAGAAGGUCUACGAGGACGAUACGGGCGAGUUGGCGCUGCCGGUUGAGAAGAGAGUGAAGAGCGCCAAUAGGGUAGAAUUCAUUAAGGAGUGCGUUUAUAAAUAUUACCUGGUGCCGGUGGAGGCCAGACAAAAUGUCUGGAGAGCGGUUCGAGCAGCUUUAAAUUCGCGAGUGCGAAGGCUGCGUUCAGCUACAACGGCGUUGGAAACAACGCCGUCUAGACGGCUGAUGACUUUGUUCGAGGCAGAUGCACCAGCUGCCUCAUCUGGUGCAUCUGCCUCGACCUCUGCUUCGGUGUUUGAUUUUGAUGAGGAAUAA